AUGAGCUCCGGUUUUAAGAACGAGCUCAAGGCGCAAGGCGCCAUUGAGGCAGCACAAGACCCCAACAGUGCUGUCACUGCCGACGAUGCAGAGCGAGUUAUGCUAAACGAGAGUAAGAAGGCAGGCUCAACAGCAUUGCACUUCGAUGCCAAUGCCUCACCUGAGGAAAAGGCCGCGCAAGCUGGAGCGCGGGUAAACGAUACUGCCCGUCCACCUAAGGGUGUGGGUAUUGCUACGGACCUGGAUGACGGCAAACCGGACCAAUAUGAUCUGCCAGCCCCUGAGCCUCUGGCCGUAGCGGACUCUACUCAACAACCCGGCGGCAGCACUGGAGGUGCAAAUGGAGCACCCCCGGAAGAAGAGGAGGAAGACUGGACAAAAGUCGGUUGGGCUCCCCGCUUCGGCAGUGGUGAGACGCAGGAAGAUAAAGACGCCGGAAAUCUGCUCGAUCAUCAAACCCUCUUGGAAGGAAAGCUGGAUGAGAAGUUCUACGGCGAUUGGUACCACAACACCGCCGUCAUCAUCUUUGCUUGUCUGGGAUCAUGGCUGGCCGCUUUGCUCGGCGGUGGUCUAGGAUGGCUCUUGAUCAUCAUGGCCACUUGCGGUACCUACUAUCGAACCUCGGUCAGGCGCGUGAGACGCAACUUCAGAGACGACGUUACUCGCGAGCUUGCAAAGGCUCGCUUGGAGACAGAUACCGAAAGUCUGGAAUGGAUGAAUAGCUUCCUGGUCAAGUUCUGGCCAAUCUAUGCUCCACAACUUGCAAAGGCCAUCAUUCAGUCGGUUGAUCAGGUUCUCAGUACCUCGACCCCCGCGUUCUUGGAUAGCAUGAGGCUGGAGAGCUUCAUUUUAGGCACCAAGCCUCCACGAAUGGAGCAUGUCAAGACCUAUCCUAAGUCGGAGGACGAUGUUGUGAUGAUGGACUGGAAAUUCAGCUUUACUCCGACCGAUACCAUGGACAUGACGGCGCGCCAACUCAAAACCAAGAUCAACCCGAAGGUGGUACUGGAGAUCCGUGUCGGCAAAGGUGUUGUCAGCAAGGCGAUGAAGAUCAUCGUUGAAGACUUUGAAUUCUCGGGCUUGAUGCGGGUGCGAAUGAAGUUGCAGAUACCCUUCCCUCACAUCGACAGAGUCGACAUUUGCUUUCUCGAGCGACCAACCAUCGACUACGUCUGCAAGCCGAUCGGUGGUGACACAUUCGGGUUCGACAUCAAUUUCAUUCCUGGACUGGAAAGCUUUAUUAAAGAGCAGAUCCAUGGAAACCUCGCUCCUGUGAUGUACGCCCCCAAUGUCUUCCCGGUCGAGGUCGCCAAGAUGUUGUCAGGCAACCCCAUCGACCUGGCGGUAGGCGUUGUUGCUGUCACCAUUUACAGCGCUCACAACUUGAAGAAUCCGGACAAAUUCUCUGGGACCCCUGAUCCUUACGUGGUUGUCUCUUUGAAUGGCUCCAAAGAACUCGCGCGUACUAAGACGAUCCAUGAAAACGCCAAUCCACGAUGGAAUGAGACACUAUACAUUAUCAUCACGAAUUUCACGGAUGCUCUUACCUUGCAAGUCUAUGAUUACAAUGAUGUUCGCAAGGACAAGCACCUGGGUACAGCAACGUUUGCCUUGGACCAGCUCGAGUCCGUUCCCGAGCAUGAGGGCCUGUCCCUUGAAGUCCUCGCAAACGGCAAGUCCCGCGGAGUUGUCCAGGUAGACAUCCGUUUCUUUCCCGUCCUAGAACCAGAGAAGCUUCAAACCGGUGAAAUUCUUCCACCACCAGAGUCCAACACCGGUAUUGCCCGAAUUACCGUCGAACAAGCCAAGGAUCUUGAUGGCAGCAAGAGUCUGGUUGGUGCCUUGGAUCCUUACGCUGUACUCUUGUUGAACGGCAAGGAAGUGCAUGUAACCAACAAGCUUAAGCAUACAAACAAUCCCGUCUUCUCGGACAGCACAAAGUCACUGCUCAUCACAGACCGAAAGAAGGCAAGGGUUGGAUUGGUGAUCAAAGAUAGUCGAGGUCUCGCCACCGAUCCAAUUAUAGGCACUUACCAGAUCAAACUCGACGAUUUGCUUAAAUUGGUGGAUAAGGGCCAGGAGUGGUAUAACUUGCACGGAACCAAGAGUGGUAAGGCCAAGUUGAUGCUUGACUGGAAGCCAGUCGAGCUGAAAGGCGUCGGUGGAUCCGAUGGCUAUAUCACUCCUAUCGGCGUCAUGCGCAUCCAUGCCAAAAGUGCGCAAAACCUGCGAAACUUCGAGACACUCGGCAAGUCGGAUCCAUAUGCCAGAGUAUUGUUAUCUGGGAUCCCCAAGGGUCGCACAGUCACAUUCCAAAAUGAGCUCAACCCGCAGUGGGAUGAAGUCAUCUACGUCCCAGUGCACUCACCAUCCGAGCGGCUCAUUCUGGAGGUUAUGGAUGAGGAAAAACUUGGAAAAGAUCGUUCUUUGGGCCUCGUUCAGAUUUCAGCCUCGGACUACAUCAAAGAAAGCGACGAGGGCGGGUAUGAAGUCAACGAUACCAGAACACCCCUUUCUGGCGGACUGCGUCUUGGUGGGAGCGGUGAAUCAAAAGGUACCAUUAAUUACACCGUCUCCUUUUUCCCGACCCUGAACGUGGUCGACCCUGAAGAAGAAGAGGAUGAGCGCACUGCCCAGGCCGCAAUUGACGCUACUGGAACUACGGUCGGGGCGCCUUCACACAGCAAGAAGUCAUCGAUUGAUGCCAAACCCUCGGCAGAGAUCUCGCGGGCGAGUACAGAUAUCCGGCAAAGCAUUGAUACGGCUGCCAGGGUUGGCGGUCAGGCCAAUGGAGCCUCAUCUAUCCACAGCUCUACGUUUACGGCCCAGCCCAAGCAGGCGCCAAAGAUCAGAAUAACAACCGAGGAUCUCAAUAAAUACGAAUCUGGGCUCCUAAUAUUUCAGCUUGUCGAGGGCCAUUUCGCAAUCACCGAUGUUCACCUUGAGGUGCUAAUGGAUGAUCAUGCUUUCCCCGCAUACAGCUCAUCCAAAAUCAGACAACGGGAUCACCAUUUUGGGGAGACCGGAGAUGCCAUGGUUCGGGAGAUCGACAUGUCUCGAAUCACUCUGCGACUUACUGAAAAAGCCGACAAGACUGGGAAGCAGGACGAGGACAACGUGGUUGCUAAACUGACAGGUCCAACUCUUACCACUCUACAGCAAUGCUUGUAUAAGCCGACAGAACUCACUCUCAGGAGCAAUAACGGAGCGGUCAACAAGGUGGUUGUUAUCCUGAAGUAUUUACCCGUCAAAAUGAAACUUGAUCCCAGCGAGAGCAUCAACAAUAUGGGCACUCUUCGAGUGGAUGUGCUUGAUGCGGCGGAUCUUCCCUCGGCCGACCGGAACGGAUACAGUGACCCGUACUGCAAAUUUAGACUCGGGGGCAAAGAGGUAUACAAGACCAAGGUACAGAAGAAGACAUUACACCCUGCUUGGAACGAAUUCUUCGAGGUGCCGGUUCCUUCCAGGACAGCAGCCGAGUUCAAAGUUGAUGUGUACGACUGGGACUUUGGUGACAAGGCUGACCACUUGGGUGCCUCCGCCAUCGAUCUACGGGGUUUGGAGCCGUUCCAACCACAGGAGUUGCAUUAUACGUUGGAUGGCAAAUCAGGUGUCAUUCGACUUAGACUGUUGUUCAAACCCGACUACAUCACCCGAGCUCGGCAAGGGACUUCAACAUUCUCGGGUACAUUUGCGCCUGCAGGAAAGGUGAUUGGUGCUCCGGUCAAAGGUGUCGGUAAAGUGGGCGGCGGAGUUGUCAAAGGAGCAUCGUUUAUCAAACGUGGUCUGACUGGCCGCGGAAGCAAAGAUGAAACCCCGUCCAGCGUCAAUGGAUCUGUGGCGACAGAUGAAGGCAUUGUGACCCCAGCAACCACGCCGGCCAAACUACCUCCUUUGAUGGAUGGAGCCGCCUCUCCGGUAACGCCAUCUAAUUUCACGCUUUCUCGCACCAAGAGCAAUCACUCGUCGGUGACCAACACUCCCAGAGGCGGAGAGACGGGAACCGCAAGUUUCAUCCUCGUGUCGGCCAGCGGGUACCCUCCUGGGGCCGAUGUUCGUGUCCAUGUUAAGAUGCUGGGACCCAGAGGCGGGAAAGAGCUGUUCAAGACCAAAGCUAUCAAGUCGACUUCGGGAACUGUGGAAUUUGACACGAGCCACGAGAAUUUCAAGGUGCCAUGUACGGCCGACACGCAGUUCCAGCUUGUGGUCAAGGAUCACGACACGUUCCGAUCUAAAGACUUGGGAGAAGGCCUCUUUUUCGUAUCUGAUCAGGGCAGCGGCUCCGAGCACGCCGUGAAAGCCGGACCAGGCACUGUCACCAUCCGCAGCACCUUUACCCCGAACGACACCGGCGUUGCGGAUGGCCUCAAGCCAACAAGCAGUGGGCGGGAUAGUCCAGACUCGAGGCGAGAGGGACGACGAAGCUUCUUCGGGCGAAGGGAGGUGAGCAGUAGGCACGAUGCACAAUAG